CUUUCCGACAGCACCUGAACACAGCAACAGGAGCUCAUCUGUUGGAUAGGGAAACUAAUCAGGAGCCAAGUAAAGACUUUUCAGUAUUGCUAGCUACCAGGCUAGCGAUGUUUUAAAGUCAGCCGUCCACACGACAAAGGGGUACCGACUUUGUUUAACAAGUACAGCGUCUUCUCUGUACAAGAAACAACAUUCGAGAAAUGUUUUAGCAGCAUAAUUUUGUUGUUGCGCUGAAAGUACAAGACAGACAUCCGCUGGCCAGCUGAAGCUUGCGGCUAGCUCAUUAGCUGGGAGAGAAGUGCAAGUGGAGGCAAGAAAAUGGAGUUGGACGACGUAGUCCUGUAUCAGGACGACUCAGGCAACUCUGCUAUGAUGUCCGAGCGAGUCUCAGGUCUGGCCAGUUCCAUUUACCGAGAGUUUGAGCGGCUCAUCGAGAAAUACGACGAGGACGUAGUGAAGGAGCUGAUGCCGCUGGUCGUCGCCGUGCUUGAGAACUUGGACUCGGUGUUUGCUGUCAACCAGGAGCACGAAGUGGAGCUGGAGCUGCUGAAGGAGGACAACGAGCAACUUGUUACCCAGUACGAGCGAGAGAAGGCGCUGAGAAAACACGCAGAGGAGAGGUACAUCGUCUUUGAAGAUUCUCAGGAAGGCGAGAAGAAGGACCUCCAGUGUCGACUGGUGACGUUGGAGUCUCAUACACGACAACUAGAGCUAAAAACGAAAAACUAUGCAGACCAGAUUAGCAGAUUGGAGGAGAGAGAAGCAGAGCUCAAGAAGGAGUACAAUGCUCUUCAUCAGAGACACACUGAGAUGAUCCACAGCUACAUGGAACACCUGGAGCGGACGAAACACCAACAUGCCAUGAUGACAGCAGAGCCCUCAGAUACAGGCACACCAGCCAGAACACGGAAAGAGCGCCCCAUUUCCAUGGGCAUAUUCCAACUUCCUGGGACUGAUGGUGUGACCCCUGAUGUCCGGAGAGAACCUGUGGACACCCUAUCUGAGCCAUGGAGAUUCAAUAACCUUAGCCAUCCACGCUCCAACACCAGUCUCAAGGAUGAAUUUGCUCAUGUGAACCACGGAAGCCCAAAAUCCAGCAGCACGCCAACCAACCAGGGAAGUAUCUCCAAAAGUGGAACUCCCAUGUCUUUGCAAGAUGGAGGGUCCAAAUCCAACACUUCCAUGUCCUCUCAGGGUGGUACCUCUAAAUCAAACACACCCACGUCUCCACACAGCGCUAUUUCUCAGUCCACCACACCACUGUCUCCUCAUGACGGAGCGUCCACUGGCAUGAGUGCAGUGUCCAGUCUCGGGGGAGGUUCUGCCUCUGCCACAUCACUGUCUACUGAUGUUGCCAUGGCGUCUUUGGACACACCUGUACAGGAGCAGGAUGGGCUCAACAAGAACCUGGACCGCAACAGUGGAAAACCUGAGAGUAGUAAGAACAUCACAGCAGUGCAGGGAGGACAGCAGGGACAGUUCGGAGAUGAUGGUCAGGAGUUUGCUACCACACCUCUCCAGAGUGAUGAUGGAACAGACAACCUGGAGAAGUCAGAGGUGCAGGCGAUCAUAGAGUCCACUCCUGAACUGGACAUGGACCUCGCUGGCUGCAGAGGAACAAGUACUCCAACUAAAGGUGGCAUAGAGAAUCUAGCAUUCGACCGUAACACUGAGUCUCUGUUUGAGGAGCUGUCGUCUGCGGGAAAUGACCUCAUAGGAGAUGUGGACGAAGGAGCUGACCUGCUAGGUAUGGGCCGAGAAGUUGAACACCUUAUCCAUGAGAACACCCAGCUGCUGGAGACCAAAAAUGCUUUGAAUGUGGUGAAGAAUGACCUGAUAGCACAAGUAGACGAACUGUCAUGUGAGAAGGAGGUUCUCCGAGGAGAGCUGGAUGCUGUCACUCUGGCCAAGACCAAACUGGAGGAGAAGAACAAAGAUCUGGAAGAAGAACUUAAGAAAGUUCGAGCAGAACUGGAGGAUACCAAACAGAAGGUCAAGAAUGACAAUGAAGAUGAUAGUGAUGUACCUACAGCACAAAGGAAGCGCUUCACCAGGGUAGAGAUGGCCAGAGUCCUGAUGGAGAGGAACCAGUAUAAGGAGAGGCUGAUGGAGCUGCAGGAGGCUGUCAGGUGGACAGAGAUGAUUCGGGCUUCAAAGGAGAACCCAGCUCUUCCAGAGAAGAAGAAAUCCAGUCUCUGGCAAUUUUUCAGCCGUUUGUUUAGCUCAUCGGGCGGAGCAGCCAAGAAGCCGGCAGUGGAGGCGCCAGUGAACGUCAAGUACAACGCUCCCACCUCUCAGAUUCAGCCGUCUGUCAAGAAGAAGAGUAGCACCCUGCAGCAGCUGCCCAGUGACAAGAGCAAAGCCUUCGACUUCCUCAAUGAGGAAGCUGCAGCUGAUAAUGUGGUAUCCAGGCGAGAACAGAAGAGGGCUCAGUACCAGCAGGUCAAAGCCCAUGUCCAGAAGGAGGACGGCAGAGUGCAGGCAUAUGGCUGGAGCCUGCCUAAGAAAUUCAAAGCCAAUGGUGGUCAAACAGAGAGCAAGAUGAAGAAUCUACCUGUCCCUGUCUUUCUUAGACCACUGGAUGAGAAAGAUGCUUCUAUGAAGCUGUGGUGUGCUGCCGGCGUGAACCUCUCUGGAGGUAAAACCAGAGACGGGGGUUCGAUUGUGGGAGCCAGUGUGUUUUACAGUCAUGUGCCAGGACCAGAGAGCCCUAAAAAGAAGAUAGGAUCUCAGAGCAGCCUGGAUAAACUGGAUCAAGAACUCAAGGAGCAGCAGAAGGAGCUGCGGCACCAGGAUGAGAUGUCGUCACUGGUGUGGAUUUGCACCAGCACGCAAUCCACCACUAAAGCUGUUGUCAUUGAUGCCAAUCAGCCCGGAAACAUCCUGGAGAGCUUCCUUCUUUGUAAUUCCCACGUGCUCUGCAUUGCUAGCGUACCGGGUGCAAGAGAAACAGACUACCCAGCUGGAGAAGAAGUGCCUACAAACCCUGAUGCAGGACCAGUGGGAAAUGGCAGCUCGUCAGCAACCAAUAGCAGCUCAGCGGGUGGCGACAGCGUGCUUGGAGGCAUCACCGUGGUGGGCUGUGAAGCUGAGGGAGCAACAGCUGUUCCUCAGACAGCAGGCCCUCCUGGAAAACGUGGAGAAACUGAGCUCAUCUUGUCUACAGAAUCCAAACCAGCAGAGGAAGCCACAGAGGCAACAGAGACCAGUGCAGGACUCGCAGACCAGCGAGAAAGCCUGAGGGGAGUCUACACUGAGCAUGUGUUUACUGAUCCACUAGGAGCUCAGCAGACAGCAGAGACUCCAGCCAACUACUCUCAGAGGGAGAGUGAUCUGUUGAAAGAUGGCGUGAGUUCAAAUCCCAGCACAGAGGACCAGGACCUGAUGAGAGAAGAGGCUCAGAAAAUGAGCAGUGUUCUACCCACUAUGUGGCUGGGAGCACAGAACGGAUGUGUGUACGUCCACUCCUCUGUGGCUCAGUGGAAGAAGUGUCUCCAUUCUAUAAAGCUGAAGGACUCUGUGCUCGGCAUAGUACAUGUGAAAGGGCGAGUGCUGGUUGGUCUCUCUGAUGGUACAUUAGCCAUUUUCCACAGAGGAGUAGAUGGACAGUGGGACCUGACCAACUACCAUCUGUUAGACUUGGGGAGGCCUCACCACUCCAUCCGCUGCAUGACUGUAGUACAUGACAAGGUGUGGUGUGGCUACAGGAACAAGAUCUAUGUGGUGCAGCCCAAAGCCAUGAAGAUUGAGAAAUCCUUUGAUGCCCACCCUCGUAAGGAUAGUCAGGUACGUCAGCUGGCCUGGGAUGGUGAUGGUAUCUGGGUGUCCAUCAGGCUUGACUCCACUCUCAGGCUGUUCCAUGCUCACACCUACCAGCACCUCCAGGACGUCGACAUUGAACCAUACGUCAGCAAGAUGCUGGGUACAGGCAAACUGGGAUUCUCAUUUGUGAGGAUCACAGCUCUCAUGGUGUCAUGUAGUCGUCUGUGGAUCGGGACUGGUAACGGAGUCAUCAUCUCCAUCCCUCUGACAGAGACAGCCAACAAGGCGACCAAGACAGCAGGUAACCAUCCUGGAAGUGUGGUUCGUGUCUACGGGGACGACAGCGGCGACAAAGUGACAGCCGGGACAUUCGUUCCCUACUGCUCCAUGGCUCAUGCUCAGCUCUGUUUCCAUGGUCACCGGGAUGCUGUCAAGUUCUUCACAGCUGUUCCAGGUCAUACAGUUCCAUCUGCAUCCUGCGGAGGAGAGGCAGCAGGUGACAAGGCGACAGAUGCCACAACUCAGGAAAGAAACAAGUCCAUGUUGGUGAUGAGUGGAGGGGAAGGCUACAUUGACUUUAGAAUGGGUGAUGAGGAUGGCGAGGCAGAGGUGCCUCCCAUGAAACUGCAGCCCUUCCUGGCUAAAGCUGAGCGCAGCCACCUCAUCGUCUGGCAGGUCCUUUGCAACGAGGACUGAACUCUGACCCCUGAGGCCUGAUCUGCCUUUUCUCUCAAACUACUGCCACAGAGGGAGAGCUGAGGUGGGCAACUCCCCUCUGCAGGCAUGAGUUUAAUCCGCACUUUUUCUUCCUAAGUUCUGAACAAUAAGAGUGAAACAAGCAACAACUGCUCCGAGAGCUUUUUCUCACUGAUAACUUGGAUGCAUGUUUUAUUAUUACUUGUCUUCUUUUUGUUUUUUUUAAUUUUAUGAAUUUGAAUUACAAUCUGUUAUACUGCCUCCUUCUCUUUCAAUAUUAUUUGAGGUGAACUGUCAUUGAGUACAGAGCCUUUACUUUUUGUUUGUUAUAUUUGCUCAGCAAAUACUUGUCGUUUUCUUCCUGACAUUUUCCAGGUUCCCUCUACUCAAUCCAGUUCCUUUGUGCUGAUGCUGGGCUCGGUUGAUGCUAAAUCUGUUGUUCCCUUGAUGCCCUUUAAUAAUGUAAGAUGGGCAGCCUUGUGUGGGAGUCAAUCAUGUGGGAAUCUUGGUUCAGUUACUAAUUGUAUUUAAUGCUGAUUUUUGUUUUUUCAUCCUUUGAGAACUUUGCUUUUGAAAAGUCAAGAAAUGUAAUCGACGUCCAGUUGUCUUUGAGCCAAAUGCAAUAAGUCACAUAUUCAUCUGGUUAGCAUUUGUUCAAGCAGACAAUUUCUCUAAAUAUUCAAUAUGUAGGAUUGGCAGCACAGCUUGUGUCUUGUUUAUUACUAUUACAGUCAAGUCACAGAUCUGCACACACAAUUUUUCUUAAAAGUAAAACUCCCAACAAAUCACUUUGUGAAAGUACAUCCAGAAUCAAAACUGUAUCCUGUCUACUUCAUAAAAAAUAACAUUUUAAUGUAAUUUUUCCCUAAUGAACAAAAGUUAUAUUUCAUACAAAACAACUACAUAUAUUUUAACAUAAAUAUGUAAUUCAAACUGUCUAGAUCAGCAAAUACAGUUGAAAAAAGGUUUGUUUUCAGUUAUCUUGGAUCGGAUGAAAUUUUGAUCAAGUUGGAUCAGAGAGUCUUCAGAAAUACAUUCAUGUCAACAGUCAACUGUUGAUAGAACAGCUCUCCAUAAAUGUAGGAUGGAUUGCUAUGAAAAUCUGGGACCAAUAGUCUUAGAACCCAGAAAAGGAAUCCUGACCUGUUCUUUAGCGCUACAAAUAGGUUGGAGAUUUUACUUAUCUUGUAAAUAUCUCCAGCAUGGAUUGGCCGUGAAUAUUGUACAGAUGUAAAUGGUCCCCAGUGGAUGAGUCACCAUGAGGUUAGCAUUUUAGUUCUUUAUUAAAUAUCUCAACAACCCUUGGAUAGUUUGCUGUGAAGGAUGAGUUGAAAUAACUUUGAUCGGAAUGAAGUACGUUCCUUUAUUAACAAAUACCUGUGAAGCUAAUCAUAUUGCCAUUAACUACAGCUUUGUUUCUGUUUAAUAUUAAUUAACCACAGUUAGCACGCUAACUUAUGGUGUACAGUCUACCUGCUGAACAUCAGCAUUGACACUAUGAUAUUAAUCUUAAUGUAAUUUACAUGGCACCGUUUGUUUUAAAAAAAAACAACAGAAUUUGGGGGGAAAAAAACAUGCAAGAUUUUUGAAUCACUUAACAGCUACCAAAAAAAAAAAAAUCUACUGAUAUGAGUCCUCAUGAUGUACCUCUACAUGGUAGUCGUGUCUGCGUAAGUAAUAAAAAAUAAUUAGCUACAGUGAUUUGCUACGCAGAGAAACUGUGUGAGUCAUGAUCUCAGUCUGGACACCCGAUAAAAAUCGUCUGACCUUGUCACUGAGCAUCACAGAACUGCUAGCAUAUAAGAAUCAGAUGUGUUGCUCUGUAAAUUGAAUGUAAUGGUAAUGCACAAGAGGCACAAACUGAAGCUGGAGUAGAGGCACUGUAGCUCUCACCUUUUUAAUUCCAAAACUCAAUUUACAAAACCCUUAAUUAUGAAAUGAAGAGCAGCAGCAGCUGUAUCCAAUCCUCAGUCCUCCAUCCCUUUAAGUGUAAGACCUGUGUUUAAUCCAUGAAGGAGGAUGUUGUUGGUCCUCUGCUCUCCAUGUAGCUGCCAGCUCCGGUCAGUCGCCACUUUAAGACUUGCUUUAGGAAGGUUUGAAAGGACGGAGCAACAAAGUAUUUAUUUUUCUUAAAGAAUGUUCCAUUUGCUACCAAAGGUUAAAGCAUUCUGGAUGGAUAGUUUGCCACAUGCUGACACAGUAAUAGUGUCUGGUCUAACAUGGCACCUUUCAGCGGCAUGUUUGCCUCCAUGUAGAUAACUUGCUGGUUUUUGUAACAGAAAUCCUAGUGUAUAGAUAAGAUAUAUUUUUAGACUUUCAUAUUUGGAAAUUGGAGUAUUUUCAGGGUGUGAGAGAAGAGAAUGUCCUGGACCUGUUAGUAAGAGAGGAGAGAACAAGCAGCACUGAGGAUUACACCCCCUCCCUCUCUAAUCCUUAUCUUGACAUUCUGAGGUCAAAACUCGAACACUGACAUGUUUGAUUUUGCAGCGCUGCUCUGCCCCCUUUGUACUAGACUAUGAUGAUUAUUUGAGAGACCCCCUCCUGAUUUUAAGCCCAUAAACUGAGAAAAUGUUUUAAGUCUAUUUUUAUGAACUUUAAUGUCUGUCUUUAGAUUGUCCUCUGACUUCAUUGCGUCAGAUGUUCUUUUGGGUGUAAUUGAGAUUGUAUUUCUGGCCUGUGUGUUCCAGUACACUGCACUCGUGUUUUUUGUUUUGUCCUCUUUGUAUUGAACAGUAUCAGAGGGGACCUGUUCUCGUGUGUGUGUGUGUGUGUGUGUGUGUGUGUGUGUGUGUGUGUGUGUGUGUGUGUGUGUGUGUGUGUGUGUGUGUGUGUGUGUGUGUGUGUGUGUGUGUGUGUGUGUGUGUGUGUGUGUGUGUGUGUGUGUGUGUGUGUGUGUGUGUUCUCCAGGAGAAAAGAAAAUAUUAUUGCAGUUAGCCAUUUCAGUAUUUAUUUACAAUGAUUGAGCCUUUGCAAUUCAGAAUGUAUCUUUGUACAUUAAAUAUGAAUAUAUAUGAUUAUAUAUGUAUGAAACCUGAACGUGACUUGGGUUUAUUGUUUGGACAACAGUUGCUGCUGUUGGACUGAUGAAUUUGUUUUGCAGAGGGUAACUUUGCUCAGCUAUGCAGCGUGUCUCUGAGGGGACAGCAGUGAGUGUGGGGUUUUUAAAGUGCAGCCUGUCCACACGCUUAAUCAGUUAUCUCCUCCAGCAUGGGAAAUCAAGUCAAACUGAACUCCAGGCAGUGACUGGACAGCUUCAUCCCAUCACAGCAUGACAGAGGAAACCUUCUCCUCCACACGUCUGUAUCAUCCCUCUCAUCUGCUCAUGCUUUUCAUUAACUUGGCAGGGGCUCCAUUUCUUCCAGGUUUGCAGUACAUACACCAUCUUGUACUUCUACAGCAUCUCUAGCCUUACUUAUUUUUAACAAUCAAUUAAAGCAACUUGUGGGAA